AUGGCUGAGGUUUCACAAGAUCCCGCCCCCUCUCCAUGCCAGAGGAGAAGGCUAGAUCCACUUCCAAAGAAGCAUGGGCAUCGUAGAAGGGUUGUAAGGAAGAAGAGAAUGAGAAAGAGCAAGAGGAAUGUGCAGAUGGAGGCCCAGUGCCCCCGUAUUCUUCCAACACCGUUAGCACCUCCACAAAGUGAAGAGGACGAGGUUACAGAUAAAGAGCCAGCCAUAUUCAGUACACGGGAAGAUGAUGCUGAUCUUCCCAGUAAGGACAGAUUACGGAGUCAGCAGGAUGAAGGUUCCUGUGUGUUGAUGGAUCAAGAAUGUCAGAUCCAGCCGUGUGAGAUCUCAGUGGCUCAGGAACCUGCGCCCUCUCCUGCAGCAACAUCCUUGGCAUCACCACCACUCUGCUUUGGCCGCUUCCUAAGCUGUCUCUGCCCAGACUCCUCAAAGUCUAGGAAGGGGAAGCUUUCCAGAAGAAAGGACAGCGACCAAGCUAAGGCAGGAGGUGAUGCUAAGGUUCCAAGAUCACGCCUGCUGAAGGGUCUGGGCAGAAACAAAGUGCAGUCUCACCAGAGCCUGUAG